AUGCCCGCACCAGUGGCAACGAGCGGAAAAAAUAUAUGGGUUGCCGCUGGCGAUGGCGAUCUCGAGCGUGUCCAGAUAGGAAUUGCCCCUAAUGCCCCCGAUCAGUAUACCUACACUCCUAUGCACGCGGCUGCUUCAUACGGCCACAUCCACAUACUCGAAUACUUGAGCUCCCAAGGGGGAAACGUAAAUGUGGUAGAUGAUGAUGGAGACACACCCUUGUAUACGGUGGAAAAUGUGGAGACUGCUCGAUAUUUGGUGGAGAAGGGCGCGACGUGGGACAUGCGAAACAAGGAGGGUCUGACGCCAGCAGAUGCAUUGGACGAAGAUUUCGCCGAGGUAUCUGCUUACCUGCGAUCCCUUGCGGCUCCCGGUGUUUCUGUCAACGAUGGUGCCGAUGCAUCUGGAAACCACGUCUCACAGGCCGUUAUGCCCUCUGAGCACCUUCAAGAUCUCACAGCACACAACAUGACGACCGGUCUGAUGGAUCGAGUGGAGGAUAUUAUGAGGCGCGCCGAGGCCGAAGGGCGUGAUCCUGACGAGGAGUUACGGACUGCACUCGGGGAUGUAUUCAGGCAAGGAAUGCGGACUGGUCAAAAUUGGGGAAUGGAAGGCAGAGAACAACAGGCGGAGUGGAACGGGCAGGCACAUGAGGAAG